UUCUAAUUUAAGUCAUACGGGUCAUUUACUUUUAACAGCUACUACUGUUUACAAACAGAGUCGGUUAUUUCCGACUGUUUGUUAAAUGUUAAUCGCAGAGAUCAGGUAGGGUUUCUUGCAGGCCUCUAUAAAAGCAUAAAAAUGGACACAUCGACAUCUACUGAUGAGCCCAAUGUUCAGGAUGUCGAAGUGGCACCAGAUUUACAUGAUGCUGGUGUGCAUUGUGAUGGCAUAUAUAUGAUGAGGAAAUAUCAACUGGAAUUGGCAGAAAAGGCAGCCACGAAGGGUGUAAAUACAAUUAUAUGCUCACCAGCAGGCUCUGGAAAAACUUUGACUGCAUCUUACAUAAUUAUUGAUCAUUUAAUGAACGCAAAAGGUGCAAAGAAGAGUAAAGUGGCAGUUUUGGCUAAAACAACUUUUAGGGCAAGCAACAUGCUUGAACGCCUAUGUGGUUAUCUUCCUGAGUUUGUAAAGAAAGUAAUUCUUAUUGGAAAGAGCAAGGAGAACUGGGAUCUGAAACGCUUUGCUGAUGAAAAUGAUAUUGUUGUGAUGACACCCAUGGUACUUCUGAAUAAUAUCCAGUUUAAAGACUUUCAACUCAAUGAGUUUUCUCUUUUGAUAAUUGAUGAAUGUCACAAUACUCGCUGUGGGGAUUACUAUAGUCUUAUGCUCAAGUACAUCCAAAUGAAGUAUAAAAAUAAUGGCAUGCAGUCACAAAUGGAAAGCUUACCCCAGGUUGUUGGUCUUACUUCCUCAAUUGGUAUUGAGAAAGCAAAGAAUUUAGAACAAGCUGUUACUAGUAUACUUACACUCAUGACCAAUCUUGAUGUAUACAAACUGUCUGUGGUAGAAUAUCACAUAGAUGAUCUAAAAAAAUUUCUACCAGGACCAGAAAGUCCUCCUGAAAAACUAGAAAAACAAGAAGAGGAUGAAUUGGUUAAAAAAAUUAAUUCAAUAAUGAUGCAGCUUGAAAAACAUAUGGAGAAGAAUGCACAGGAACUGAACAAUCAGAUGGUAUUAGCUGUGUUAAAAAAAAAGCCAUCUGGCAGAAAAAGCAAAAGUUAUAAGGAGUGGGUUGUUCAGUUGAUAAAUGCUGUGAAAACAUACCCUAUUGUUGAUCCAGAGAGUGAGACUAACACGAAUACUCGAAAUCUGAUAAUCAUUUGUGAAUAUUUACAGGUUUACAACUUAGCAUUAGAGAUCCAUGAUUUGGUUGAGCUUAAAGAUAUAAUGCCAUAUUUGAAAAAGAUUUUUGAUAAAUUUCACAACUACAGAAAUAAAACUCAAGAAGAAGCUAUGCUUUAUGGCUAUUUUGAAGAUUUUAUUAAACUUGUUGAUAGUUGGCAGGGAAAUGAAAACACAAAUCUUACUACCUUAUCCAAAACUUUAGAAGAGAAUUUAAUUCCUGAAGAAUGUUCACGUGGAAUCAUCUUUGUCAGUACUAGAUUACUUGCAAAAGCUCUAGUGUCUUGGUUAAACAGAAGCAACAAAAGUUUUUUAAAUGCUUCAGUUUUUACUGGAACAUGUGCAAAUGAACAUCAGGGAGGAAGAUCACCAAUGGCACAGAAACAGAUUAUUGAACAAUUUAAGACUGGUGCAAUUAGACUUCUUGUAGCUACUCCUGCUGCUGAGGAAAGUCUUGACAUUCCACUCUGCAACUUAAUUAUCCGAUAUAAUUAUAUUGGCAAUGAAGUUUCUACUAAGCAAACACUAGGAAGAUGUAGAGCAGAAGGGGGAAAAUCUGUUCUCUUAACUAUGGAAGAUAUUUUAAAACGAGAACUAAGAAACAUCCAAAGAACAAAAUUAAUUUCUGAAGCUAUUAGUGUAAUUGAUCAAAUGGAUGUACAUGAAAUUAUACAGAGAAAUAGUUAUUUUCAAUUAGACAUGAUUAAAAAGGAUGAAAUAGCUGAAGCUGAGAGAAAGAUGCAUAAAAAAGAUCCAAAAGAAGUUCAUUGCACUAUGGUUUGUUUCCUUUGUCGACAAGUUUCAAUAGAUUGCUCUCUAGUGCGGACAAUUAAAAAAAGGCACAGAAUCUUUCUUGAUAGUGACCUACUAAAAAGUGGUAAAGUGAGGUUUAAGCCUAAUAAGCCCAAGACAUCGGAUGAAGUUGACUUUUUAGGACCAGUGCUAUGUCAGGGCGAAAUUGAAGGAAAAGGAGUAUGCGGGAACGCAUUGGGCUCUUUGAUCAUGUAUCGAAAUGUAAAAUUCCUAACAAUGGGAAUAAAGGCUUUUGGAUUUUGCAUGGGCACAAAUACAGCUCUACAAUACUUUAAAAAGUGGGACAAGGUGCCAUAUAAUUUUGAUGAACUCACCCCAUAUGACACCAAGAGUUAUCUUGAAAGCUGUAUGGAUGGAGAUAGUUUAGACCAGUGGCCAGCAACAACUAGUGCUGGACACAUGCCAGCAAUAACUAGUGCUGGAGACAUACCAGCAACAAGUAGUGCUGGAGAGAUACCACCAACAAGUAGUGCUGGACAUAUACCAGCAAUAACUAGUGCUGGACACAUACCAGCAACAAGUAGUGCUGGACAUAUACCAGCAAUAACUAGUGCUGGACACGUACCAAGAACAAGUAGUGCUGGACACGUACCAGCAACAACUAGUGCUGGACACGUACCAAGAACAAGUAGUGCUGGACACAUGCCAGCAACAACUAGUGCUGGACACAUACCACCAACAAGUAGUGCUGGAGAGAUACCACCAACACGUAGUGCUGGAGACAUACCACCAACAAUUAGUGCUGGACACAUGCCAGCAACAAUUAGUGCUGGACACAUGCCACCAACAAGUAGUGCUGGACACAUACUAAGAACAAGUAGUGCUGGAGACAUAUGUGGCAUGUAAAAUGGUUAAGUUUUUUUUAUUCUCAUUUAUACUAACAUUAAAUGACAUUCAACGUAAAAGAAAAGCUUUUUGAAAAAUAUACUUUCAGUUUAAUGCACACAUUUUCUCUACUAAUGUCCACUGUUAGAGUUUUGAGCCAGUCAUUUUUUACUCAAUGACAAACAAAGAAAUUUAGCACAACUAGCAUUAAAAUAUCAAGCUUUGUUUAAAUGAAGAAACUCUUUAAAGAUUUAAAGGAGGAACAGUAACAAAUCAGAUACACAAUGUUAGACAGCUUACAAAAAUAUGAGCAUCCAAUAAAUCAAACAUCACUUUUUGCUUUGUACUGCUACAGUCCAGUAAGGUGUUUUCUAGUUUGUGAAGCUUUUUGCAUGAACAGUUAUUAUUUCUUAAAGCAUAAAGUGUAGAACUGGUGCUCUACAAAAGAAAGUAACUAUUAUCUCUAUGGCAACCCUAACAAUAAAAGAAUUUGAAUUCAGCAAAAUCUUGGUAAUUUAGAUCGUAAUUAUUUUUUAUAAAUUUUUACAAAUAAUUACAUGUAAAGAUGCAGUAUUUAUAAGUAAAUGCUAUUACCAAAAAGUUAAAAAAUUGUUUUCCUGACAUAUGCUAUCAAUUAUCUUUAUUUUUCUCUGCUAGUGCUUCUGUAUUCUGUAUUUUUGCUGGCCUUAUGUUCAACUCCCAGAACUAGGGUGCUAGCUUUUUCUGACCCCCCCUACCUGCACAGAUUAUCCCAGCUUGGUUAAAUGAUUCAUAUCAUUCAUAAUCAAUAUACUUUAAAAUUAAUCAUGCAUUUAUUUUUAAAAUUUUAAUAGCAUACAUAAAAAUGCUAAUUUUAGUUUUAAAUAGCUAAGGAAAACAAUAUUUGUAACACCAAAUAAUAUCAAAGAAGUUUAAAAUUUUGUAAGCAUAAUUCAAGAUUUAAAAAAUUAAAGGUGGCCUCUUAAAUAGAGAUAGAUCCAU